AUGACUGUGGACGUCUUUGCGACAAUAUUUUGCAAGGUAGAUGGCUCUUGGCCUCCCAACAGCUGCAAAGAAAGAAUUGUAGUGGGGAUGUGGAAGGUAAGAAGCAUGAAUAUGAGAAAGCUCAACACAGUGAAAGAUGAAAUGGAUCGAUGACAAAUUGACAUCUUGGGCAGCAGUGAAUUAAAAUGGACUGAAAUUGGACACUUUCAGUCAGAAAAUACCAUUUAUUACUCAGGACAUGAAAAACGAAGGAACGGUGUUGCUUUCAUAGUCAGGAAGGCUAUAGCAAUGACAGUACUUGGGUACAAUGCGGUCAGUGACAAACUAAUAUCAAUUAGAUUUCAUGGACAACCCUUUAACAUGACAGUUCUUCAAGUCUUAUCAGUCUAUCCAACAGCUUAUGCAGAAGAAGAGGAAGUUGAUGAGUUUUAUGUGCAAGUUCAGGCUGAAAUUUACAGAACAUGCAAGCAAGAUGUGCUGCUGGUGGUUGGAAACAGGAAUGCCCAAAUUGGAAAUGGUAAGGAGGAAAACACAGUUGGAUUGUUUGGCCUUGAAGAUAGAAAUGAAGCAGGAGAACAACUUAUUAGGUUCUGCCAAUCCAAUGAUCUCUUCAUUGCUAACACAUUCUUUAAACAACCAAAGUGGUGCCUAUACACAUGGGCAUCACCAGAUGGAGUACACAGAAUUCAAAUUGAUUAUAUUAUUGGUAUAAGGAGGUGGAGGAGUUCAGUUAGAACAGCAAAGACAUGGUUGGGGGCUCAUUGUGGAACAGAUCACAAACUGCUCAUGUGCCAGAUCCAAGUCAAGCUAAAGCAGAAAAACAAAGUGUAUCUAUUUUCCAGUGUUGUAUGCUCUGCCUUAAAAUGUCAAAAAUAAUUUGCAGAAAUUGAUUGAACCUACUGUUUUUUAAUUCUGGAGUAAUGUUAUGAUCUUGUGCCACUGGCACAGAU